AAAAGAUGAGGCCAAUGAUGCUCAUGUUCAGGUCACCUAAUGAAAGAACGCCUGAUUUCUACGCGCCAAAUAUCACUAAUGAUGGAUUCCAGAUCGGAGUAAAGGCACUACCUAAGAAAUAAGAAAUCAAAAUUGAGACUUAACGGGUCAUUUUCAAAGCAGCAAAGGUUCUUAGAUUACAAAAUAUUAUCAAGGGUUACUUCUAAGCAGCUCGGGCCAGGGGCUUACCAAGAUUUUGAAAAUUUUAAACAAUUAAGGAGCAAGCCAUGAAUGUCGAAGUUUUCCAAAUCAUCUGUUUCUUAUGACUCUAAUGACCCUUGAUACAUUUAUGUUGGGAACCAUCUCAUGUAUGAGCCUGAGUUUUCACAGAGCUUUAAGAAGCCAUCCCAGAUGAGGUCUAGCUCAGCAUUUUCGAUUAAGAAGCAGAGGAAGGAUUGCACUCGGCUUUGAUAUUCAGUUAAAGAGAAGAGCAACAGUCCUGAAAAAGAAAGGAAAACCCAAACUGCAAAGAUCAAGAUCAGGAAAAGGAAGAAUAGAUUUUCCUCGAAUAUGACUAAUAUACAGAAAGAAGCUGUGCUCGCUAUGAGUGAGGAAGGAAGAAGCAGUACUCGUAAUGAUAGAGCAGCAGAGAAUUAUUAUAGCAACCAGGCUCAAAUCCGGAUUAAAAGUAAAAAGAGCCGGAAAAAUCAUUCGAAAAAUACUCAAUCACAAAUUUUUAACCAAGAUAAAAGGAAAAUUGCUCUAGGGUCUUUAUACGGAAAAACUACAAUGAAAGCCACUGUUACUCCAAAAGAUCAUCUCGUUCAAGCUGCUAACCCUAAAAAUUUUGAGAAUGAGGUAACUAUAGGCCACAUAAGGAUUGACUCAAAGGAUGGGUCAAUGCAAAUUAAUAGAGGAAAUAACCGCUCGAGUAUGAUGCCUGCUACUAAUAAUUCUACUCUUGACAACACUGCUGUGACUAGAGCUAAAAAUGACAAGAGAUCAUCUUCCAUAAAUUCUAGUUAUUCUAGAAAACAGGAUAAAGGAAGUAGCUUCAAGGUACAUAAUGACAGUGUUGUCAUGACUGAAGAACACAAAAGAAAGGAGACCUUCCAGAUUACCUCCCAGGAGGAACCUUUAAAGCCUACUGGCUUUAAAGAAAACUUGCCUAAGAGCAAAAUGAGCAAUCUUUACCUUGCUUAUGGCAAGCAGAGCUUUGCUGAGGCAAGGAGAAGUACUACAAAAUCUACAAAGGUCAGACCAAAGUCGACUAUUUAAAUGUAUUUCCUUUCAAUCAAAUUUUAAAAAUAG